GGCGGCGGAGGAGGUGGGAGUGGAGUUAAGUCUGGGAAGAAAACAGACGAUGACGAGGACUUGGGUGGAAGUAUUGUGCAGUGGGUCGGCACGAAGGAUCGGGGAUUUUCUAAGUCUCCGCGAAAUCGGGUCGCCGGACAAAUGCAAAACGCUGGGCUGCGCUUUCUGUAUGGACACCUGCACGGACGACAGGAUACGCCCGAGAGCGUAGUUGCUGCUUCGCUACAAGAAGAGUCGUCAUCAAGCCGGGAAUCGCCGGCCCAGGACCAACCAACCGCAACAUCAUCCACCUCGACACCAACAACCACAAUUACACAUACAGUUACUACAAUUAAUACCUUUUCCGUGGGAUCUUCAAGUGGAAGUCAGAUUGUCUUGAGCUCUACGCCGCCACCCUCGCCUGCCGAAUCGCAGCCUAAUUCGCUGUCGACUCCAUUUUUCAGUGCAAGUUCCAGUCCAAGCGCAAGUUCCAGUCCAAGCAGUGCCGCUGUGAACCCAAGUGUCGGUAGCAGCAGCUUCAUCACUAGCAGCAGGUCUAGUACUAUCACCAGUGUCGGCGGCAUCAGCAGCAGAAGCAGUAGCUUCUCUGCGACCGCCACGCCAUCCCUCGCAACAAUCACUUCUUUCAUCUCUAGGCCCAUCGUUCCGGUGCAGAACUCGACUGCCAGCAUCAGCACUUCAUGGAGCUUCUCCACCACCACCAGCAAUGGAACAGUAAUCGUAAUCGCUUCGCCAACACCCGUUCCAGCGUCUGGUUUCAGCACGGCGACAUCUAGCCGUUCGCCUCUAACGCCGAGCUCAACGAAUUUUAGCAGAACAUCGACUAGCACUACUUCGACCCAGCCAUCAUCGUCUGCGAUAAUACUGGCUACCGAUGGUGGAGCCGGGGUUGGCACUGGGGCCACAGCCACAGGCGGAGGAUUCACGAUUAUUACUGCAUCGCCCACCGGUACCGCAUCCGACUCGGCGCCCGGUAUCAACCCCGUACUGGUUGGGGGGAUCCUCGGAGGUCUCGCGGGAUUUGCACUGAUUCUGGUGGCGUUGCUGUUUGCCGUCAGGCGGUACAAGAAGUUUAAGGCAAUAGCAGCUCGCGACGAAGCAGCAUACGGCGGUCCACUCCCACCUGGCUCAAGGGGCAUGUCGGAACGAACCAACAUGACCCCGUUCGCUGCUGCCGCCGGUCUCUUCGGUAUACGUUGCCGAACAGCUCAAGGCGCAGCCCCCGAGCCAGCUGCAGAAGAGCGUGGAUUCUACAGAGUCGCUGGAACCGGCCGGAAGCUGCCGCCCGUCAUUGGCGGGCCACGUCCCGGUGGAUCAGGCGCCAUGGAGGAAGGUCAACCUUCGAUGGAAGGCCAACAGUCAUACUUUCACGACGACGAUGGUACCAAAGGCCCACUGACCCCAACAUCGUCCACGGGCCCCGGCCCUUCCAGGUUCUCUGGCUACACCGUGACAUCCAUGGCUCCCACCAUUGCAAGUUCGACGACCCCGUUUGCCGCAUCUCCCACAAGUCCCGUGGGCGGCGCGGCCACUGCCUUCCCGCCUCCAACCAAGAUACAGGAAGAGCGAGAUGAAGGUGACCAGCAAGACGAUGUCCCGCGGGAAAUGACACCCGUACCGUCAUUACCCAGACCACCACCCGAUUAUAUAAUGCGACCGCAACUUGGGAGCAGUGCUGGUAGAGAUGGACUUGGCCGGUCAUUGCCGUCACAUGAUGGAUCUCGAGCUUCAAAGUUUACAGAGGAUAUAGUGUAAUCACUGUUAGUCAGCGUGGAGGCGGGAUUCGGAGGGAAGGGGUGGG